AAACUUGUAGCGGCGCAACUCAACUCGGGGUGUGCGCACUACGCUCACAAGCGCAUGUUAGAAGUCUGCCCCUUGUCUCUGGGUCCUUCCGUUUCCACUCUUUAUUCCCUAAACGCCCAGCCCCCUUCGCCCAUUGGAUUCGUUUCCGCAGAUCUGAGCUUGCUUCGCUCUUUCUUUCUCUCUCUCUCCGCGUGUCGCUUCGGUUCGAUCUCUUACUUGUUCGGAUUAGGGUUUCGGCGGUGAAAAUCGCGAAAUUUCGAUCAGAACUCGUCAAUUUUCGGCAUAUUCUCAGGUGUUGUGAUACAUGCAAAGUGGCGAUUGACUGAUUGUUGAAACAAUCUUAUUGGUGGUUCAACACAGAAAUGCGGGGAUAUGAUCGAGAUGAAUUGCAUGGAGGUAUUGAAGAUUAUGAUGACUAUGAGGAGGAAGGGGAAGAGCUAGAGGAAGAUGCUGGAGAGGGGCAGGGGGAGGAGGAAGGAUAUGAAGAAGAAGAGGAAGAUCCAAAGCCCACAAAGGAGGAAAUAGAGUAUCUUUCGUUGAGGCAACGAUUGAAAGAACAGAUCAGAAAACAGAUGAAGAAGGAAAACGGGUCUUCUCUCAACAGUUCCAAUGAGAAGAAGAAGAAACUUCCCUAUGAUAAUUAUGGAUCAUUCUUUGGCCCUUCUCAACCAGUAAUUGCUCAAAGAGUAAUACAAGAAAGCAAGUCAUUGUUAGAAACCCAGCAUUUGCCGUCUAGACUUCCAAACUCCCUCCAUAGCAACAAAAAGAACUCUUCAACCUCUAAGGAAUCAAGACCUGGUUCACGUGACCAGCUACCCAAAGUGAGAAGUGAGUUAAAAACUAAAGUACAAAAACUUAAGGAUACAAGAGAUUACUCCUUCCUAUUAUCUGAGGAUGCAGAGCUUCCAGCUCCUGCUAAAGAACCUCGGCCUAGAAAUGUCUCCUUUCCAAAUUCUGAGGCGCGAUCAACUCAAGUGCCAUUGAAGAGUAAACCUUUGGGCAAUAGUGGCAAACGUCUUCAUGGCACGCAUGAAGAAAGGAAAACAGUUUCUGCGGCGCAGAAUGGCCAAUCGUAUUCCAAAACAGGUUCUAACAAGUUGACUUCUGCGAAUAAGCCCAAUUUUUCCUCGGUGGAUCCUAGAAGACAGCUUGAUAGCAACAUCAGGAAUGGGCCUGGCCGGCCUACAGGGCCAAAAGGCUUGCCUUUGAAGAAGCCUGUUGCUACCAUGGAGAAGAAGGCUUUGGCACCAGGUGCAAAAAAUUACACACCUGGUUUGCAGAAACCUCUCACUUCAAAGUUGCAGUCAUCGGUACCAAAGCAGCGCUUGGAACAGAAAAAGGGACUAGAAGAGCCUAAGAAAUCUAAAAUGAUGCCAAAACAGCCUAUGACAUCGUCAAAACCACAGAUAAACAAGCCACAUAAGCAAGUUCCAUCACAUCCGACUUCACAGGACCAUCGUCCCAAGAAAAAGCCUCUCACACGGUAUUCUGAUGAUGAAGAUGGUGAGGCUAUUAGUAUGAUCAGACAAAUGUUCAGGUACAAUCCCAACAGGUAUGAUGAUUAUGGUGAUGAUAGUGAUAUGGAAGCAAACUUUGAGGAUAUCAUGGAGGAGGAGAGAAGAAGUGAAAAAAUUGCGAGGAAGGAAGACGAAGAGCAACUUCGCUUGAUAGAGGAAGAAGAGGAAAGGGAGCGGUUGAGAAAGUUGAAGAAGCGUAAGCUGGGCCAUUAGUGAGACCGAAGGGAAUUUCAUACCCCUCUUCGUUCCAUAUUAGUAUUUUGUUGUAGUUGGAAUCCUUUUUUUGAUGCCAAAUUUGCUAAAUUAUUGUACCGGUUCAUUCUUCAAUUGUAAGGUUGUCUUAUCGCCGA